AUGGCCUCAGAUGCAGCUGCCGACCCGUGGUCGGCACCCGACAGUGACCCUUGGAACACCGGUGAGUGGAACGGGGGGGCUUCUAUCGAGGAAGCCGUGAAUGAGCCCAAUGAUGCAAACCCGCAGACGAGAUCCCAAGGCGACAGCCAGCCUUGGGAAGACCAAGAGCCCAGGGAGAGUGCCCCGGCACCGAUGACGGACUCUUGGACAAGAAGUGACUGGCCUCGACGCCGAGGUGAUGGCAGCAGCGACGGGAGUUCUGGAGAUGCGGCGACCACAGCCGAUCGAAGGGCUUCCGACGGUUCGUGGGGAUCGUGGACCUCAUGGGGGACCUGGCAUCCCGAAUGGCAUGGCGGCUGGUGGAGCAGGUGGGGACAAGACGGAUGGCACCGCGGUCAUUGGGAUGACGGCGGCACUCCUUGGCCUACCUCCUCUCCCGGAACUACUUUCUCGAACAACGCCUACGAACCGACCUCUACCUGGACGAGCAGCACCCACUACGCGGCGGGUGGCCCCGGAUCCAUGCCUACGGCAACUACGACUUCUACCUUGAUGACGCGAUCAGGGAGCACCCCAACAAGAGACGAGGACACCAACGAGGCCCCGGCGGUCGGCAACACCUACACCGGGUCCGCCAAGGGCCCUUCCGAGAAGCUCUUGAUCCCCACCUUUAGCGGGGAUGCCGAGAAUGGAGCCGAGCUCGGGACUUCGGCGCGCAGCUACCUGCGACAGGUGGCAGCAUGGGAGAAGAUGACUAAGCUGUCUUUGUCACAACGAGCCCUGGUUCUCUACCAAAACCUACAGGGUUCAGCUUGGGUAAAUGCCGAGUCACUCAACGUCAACGACCUCGCCUCUGACCGCGGCGUGGACUACCUUCGCGACUGGAUUCGGCAGCACUACUUGGACAUCGAGGUGACGCAGGUGGGCAGGUCCCUGAGCGAUCUGUUCAGGAAACUCCGAAGGAAACCCUCCCAGACCUUCCGGGACUACACCGCUGAGUUCAACAGGCUGCUGGCGAGGGUAACCGAAUGUGGAUGCAAGUUGCCAGAUGUGGCGAACGCUUGGCUCUACGUCGACAGGGCCAGCCUGGACGAGACGACGGAGGUCUCGCUUCUCGCCUCCGUCGGGAACAAGUACGCCCUCAAGGAGCUUCAACAGGCCGCCAUAGUGCUGGACAGGUCUAUGAGGAAGCCCUGGGAGAAGAGUGGACGGAACGAUGGCCCCCCUGGACGGCGAUACAAUUCGGUCAACCAUGCGGAGGACGGCGUCUACGACGGCGAGGCGGACACCGACGAGGAGACGAUGCUCGAGGACCACCUCGAGCAGGACACUGGCGAGCUCUACAUCUCCUACAUGACGGCCAAGGCCCGCUACAGGGACGCCGCGAAGUCCCGCGGCACGACCGACUACGGCUACAAGGGAGGUGCGGCGAAGGGGUUUGAUCCUACGGCGGUCAAGAAGGCGGCCGAGGCCAAAAUCCUCCUGGCGAAGUCGAAGAGCCACUGCGCGGCAUGCGGGCAGAAGGGCCACUGGCACAAGGAUGCUGUCUGUCCCAAGCGGGCCAGCGGAGAGAAGACACAAACGGUGCAUGUGACGAACGAGAUCUUCGAGCUCUCUACCUACUCGGGCGGGGAGGGCUUGUACGCGAUCCUGGACUCCGCCUGCUCAAAGACUGUGGUUGGUACGGCGUGGCUCGAGCGCUACCUGACUGCGGUCCGAGGCAGGGGCUUUGAUACCGACUUCAUCUACGAGAAGGAGUGCUUUAAGUUCGGGGCCGCAAACAGGAUCUACGAGUCCACCUACGCCACCGUCGUGAUGAUGAAUCUCCUCGGCAAGUGGGUUGCUGUGAAGGCUGCAGUUAUCCACGGGGACUUACCCCUGCUACUUUCUCGACCCGCACUUGGACGACUAGGACUAGUUCUCGACUUGGGUCUCUCUCGGGCCAGUUUUCGGAACCUCAACCCAGGGGAGCUCACACUCCUCGAGACAGCUAGCGGGCACCCAGCCGUCCCUAUCGACCAUGGAACAGAAGGCAAGCCGGAAAUUUCGCAGCUUCCCAAGAAGUGGGAGCCGCAUGGGAUCGAAGUGCUGAGCUCGCGAGUGGUGUACAUGACUGCAUGUGCUGGGGAUGUUGGGGUAGGGACUCCUACUGGUUCGUCGUCUUGCAUUACUAGCCCGAAGAUCUUCUACGACAAAAAGAUAGACCCCGCAGUUCGUGACAUGCUGGUUGCCGAUGUGCUCAACGAGACUGUGUUGCUGAGCAAUGUCACCGAAGUCUGGGUCGAUAAGAACGAACACAAGCCCUUGCUCCCUGCGAUCUCUCGCUCCGGCAUGAGCCAGCCGUCCUCGACCGUGCCGGUAUGGAAGAUGACGAAGGUGCAGCUGUUGGCCGAGGCGAACGCCCGAGGGCUGGCAGUGAAUCCCCGCUGGACGUGCCCAGAACUGAGGACGGUGCUCAACGCGGACGCCGAGUACCACCGGACUCCGGGGAACCCAGUGCCCAAGGGGCUGAGCUCGAUGACGCUGGCGGAGCUGAAGAGCGAGGCGGAGAAGCUCGGCAUCCCCACCUCGACCAAGGAGACGCGGGGCAGCCUGAUGCUGAAGGUGAGGGACGCGGUGACGCCCGACACGACCGUGAUGGCGAUCGGGCGAUUUCGCGGAAGCAGCUACGCGGACAUCCCGGAGAACUACGCGCAGUGGGCCUCGGACGAGGAGAAGGCGAACGGGGACAACAUGUCGCCAGAUCUGAAACGAUUCGUUCUGUGGAGGCGACAUCGGCGAACCAUGGAACCAAAGACACCGGUGGUGAAGCGCGGCUACAAGGACCCCGAGAAGGAUGCGAAGGUGCCACCCCCUCCCCUCAGCGAGACCGGCUCCUCUGCGUGGGCCGUGGUCGAGGACUCGGAGGGCCCUUUGACCGGAUGGCGACCGAUCGCGCCUUCGGUGAGUUCGGACACAUCGUGGAAUCCAAAGGGAAAGGCCACGCGACCGAGGACCCCCGAGUCGAAGGGGCCCAUGGACCAGGACAUCGACUCGGACACGAUCUCGGAGAUCCAAGCGCUCGAGGCGAGGAUCGGAGAGGACCUGACCGGGACACGACAGCACCACGAACACCCCGGUGAACUUGCCGCCCUGCGUGCUUUACAAGAACGGGACUUCUCUUUCGACCGCAUCGCCGAGAUCCUGACACACUACGACUUCUCUACUUGCCCUACCAACCGAGCUGCUGUUCACCAGGAUGGUGGGGGAGAGCGCGUGGCCCUAGGAUAUUACGCCUACGGCAACUUCAAGGGGGUUUGCAAGAACACAGUGCGUUGGAGCCACCUCACCCAGUAUGUCAAUGCGUUCCUCCUGGACCACGCCGGGGGCAACCUGGAACAAGGCCGGGCAACCUACUGGGGUGCAGUGACUCUGUUGCGCAACUGUCCCGCUGCCAUGCACACCGACAAGAACAACCUCAAGGGGAGCCCCAACUACGUUGUGAGCUUCGGCGGCGGGAAUGGUGGUGGCCUCUGGGUUGAAUCACCCGGGGGCGGAUGCUGGCGAAGAGAUUCCCGAGGUCAAGACGUCGAGGGCACCAUCAUCGACACCGACCGCCAGGUAUGGGAGUUCGAUCCACGCCUGAGGCACGCGUCCGAGCCUGGUUCAGGGUCCCGAUGGACGAUUGCCGCCUACACGCCGAGGACUUUGCCCGACGCCAACAAGACAGAGAAAAAGGUUCUUCGCCACUUCGGCUUCCCUUUGCCUUCGGUGGCCCAGAUCCGCAAUACCCGGAUCGAGCGCGAUGUACACGAGGUCAAGAGCGGCUACAGCAACAGCGCUACGGGCCCCGGGAAGGUCCCGAUGCCCAGGCGAAGCCAAAGGAAAGCUAUGUGGAAGACCGCUGCCUUCCUGAGCGUGAUGUACACUACGAUGCUCUCGUCUAUGGGGAGAGUGGUGGACGAGUCUGUGCCGGUGCGACACCAGCCCGAGGUUGCCCUGUUGGAGAUCGGGGGCUUCACGUCCACUUGCCGGACGGCCGAGUACUGUGGCGACUCAGUGAAGGUGAUGGAACCCGUGCUCACCGAGGACGUUCUCUACAACGACCACCCCGCGGACUUACCGUUUGGCUUCGUCGAAACCACGGUGAUACGGCAUUGUCCAGGGCAACUCUGGAUACACGUUCGUCCAGAAUGGAAGGACCCCGAGAUCUACUUCGACAUCGUGGAAGCCGCCGGACGACAACUUCGAGAAGGAAGGACAGUGGUGCUCGAGCGCAACGUCGAGGAGGACGACCUCUGGGAGAAGGUGACCACUGGAUGGGCGGAGGCAGGGUACUUUACCCACGGGGACCGCGACGAGGAUGGGAACGAGCUCCUCCGCGUCACCUACGGCACCGAGGACGUGGAACUCCACGAAGUGUUCGUGGGAGAAGCAGCAGAUGGACCAAUCCCCGCACAUGGAGAACCUGCUGACGGAGAACCUGGUGAAGGCGAUGAAGCCCUCGCCGAACGUGGGGCAAAGGCAAUCCGGUUUCCCCCGAGCGUACCGGGAAGGAUUGCAAGCAGCCUCCGCAGGCUGCAUCAGAAUCUCGGCCAUCCCAGCACCAUCGACUUCAGUCGUCACCUGAGACUGGCAGGAGCUUCUCGAGAAGUGCUCAAGGCGGCGAAAGCUUUGGAGUGCGAAGUUUGCAAGAGAGCGAAGGUGGCCCCUUGUCUACGCUUCAACCAGAUCAUCGGCGUCGACCUCUUCUAUGUCCACGACACCAAUGGAGAUCGACACCAGCUUUUGUCUAUGGUGGACUUCUCUUCUUCUUACCACGUCGUCGUGCCCGUGGCCCGCAAGGAUACCCUCACCUUGGAGAAGGCCUACUGUGAGCACUGGCUCAACACUUUCGGUGCUCCGGCAAUGAUUGCCGUGGAUCUAGAGAACGGCCUUGAGAAGUCUCUGGCGAGAGUCGGAGAUUGGACCGGGACCCGCAUCCGCAAUGCCGCGGGUCAGGCUCACUAUCAAGCCGGCUACACCGAACGACAGGGCGGGAUCUGGAAGGCGAUUUUCGCGAAGCUAUGUGACGAGCUUUCUGUGACCAAGGCCGAGAUCACUUUAGCCAUUGGGGCGGUGUCCAACGCCAAGAACAAGCUUGCUCGGAUCAGCGGCUAUAGUCCAGCCCAACACGUCUUCGGCUACCUUCCCAACGACCCCGACGACUUGCUCAACGGCCCGCACGCCGGCGACCCGACCGAGGAGGACAUCAUUGACGACCGCCACGCUCAGGAGGUUGCCAUGAGAAGCGCGGCUAGGGCCGCGUACUACCACGUCCAGUCUGAUGAGCGAGUUCGCAGGGCCCUGUCCGGAAGGACCCGAGUUAUCUCCCGAGCCCCCGAGUGUGGAGAAAGGGUCUUCUACUUCCGGAAGACAAAGAACAACAAGCGCGGGAUAUGGAUGGGACCCGGAACAGUCAUAGGCUUUGAAGGGGUGAACGCCUGGGUCACUCGAGGAGGACGUUGCGUGCUGUGCUCGCCGGAGCACUUGAGGCUGGCUACACCCGAGGAAUUGGGACAAGCUUUCAGCUUGCGGGCAGCCCGUGAAGACUUGGAUCGCCUACUCAACGCCGAGGACGACGAGGAGAUCUUCGAGGACGAGAAUGCCGAGGCCGGAGGGAUUGGUGAUGUUGACUUCGAUGCCGAGGACGACCCCGACGGAGACGUUGCCAUGGCCGAGAUGGACCACGGAGAGCCACCUGAGGACCGACGAGGAGUUCGACGAGGUCCGCAAGAGGCACCACCGCUGGUGCUCAAGAGACAGCGUCGCAAAGGACAUCAAGAUGCCCAAGCUGUGCUCAUGAUGAAGCGUGCCAAGACCAAGCGGUCUCGGGAAAAGGCCCUUGAGAAGGAGAUCCCCUGGUCUCUCAUUCCCGAGGAGAUGAGGCCGAGUUUCCGCGCUGCAGAGGCCAAACAAUGGGCCGAGCACGUCGACAACAAGGCCAUCACAGUGCUGUCG